CCCGGGAACAGUUUGCCCUGGCGCUUUAUCUCAUCAAUCUGAAGCUGACGAAAGGCCUGGACCCACCACAGAGUCUCUCACCGGAAAUGAUCCCUCCUUCGGACAAACAAAACAUCAAGCAUAACAAUGCUGCUAACCUGGCUGCUGACUUCUCUGCUAUUAAGGAGCUGGACACUCUCAGUAAUGAGAUUGUCGAACUACAAAGAGAGAAGGACUCUGUGGAAGAGGAGAUCAAGGAAAAAGAGGAGGCCAUUCGACAACGCAGCAGUGAAGUGCAGGACCUUCAGCAUGAGGUGGCCAAAGAGAGUGAGGAGCUACAGCGACUCCAGGCACAGCGUCAGAAAGUCCAGGAGGCUUUAGAUGAGCUGGACCAACAGAAGAGCUCCUUGGAGGAGCAGCUCAACCACAUUCGACAGCAGACCACCCAAGAGACUCAGCUUAUCUCAUCUCUGCAGUCUGAGCACGAGGAGCAGGAGCAGAGGAUAUGUCAGUACGAGGAGGAGCUCGUGCAGGCACGAGAGGAGCUGCUGGCUCUGCAGGAGGAGAGCAGGAGGCUGCAGGAGACUGUCCGGGCUGCUCAGGAGCAACUCACUCCACUUCAGGAGUCUGUGCGCGACUCCUUCACACAAGUUUCACAGGUUCAACAGAAGGUCAAAGACCUUCAGGUAGAGGAGAGGUCUGUGACUGCACAGCUCAGCUGGAAGAGAGCUCUGGAGGACAGCUCUCCUGUCAUGGUGAACGGAUCGUCCGAUCCUGCUGCAGAACUGGACCUCUUCCACGAGGAUCAGCCAAAAGAGCUGAAGGAGGAAGCACCAGCUGCUGCCUGCAGUCAGCAGAAAGAACUUUCAGAUACAAAGGAGAAAGAAGAAGAAAAGGAGGAAGGGAGUCCAAAGACUCUGGAGGAGGAAAAGCAGAAACCUUCUGCCCUGGAUGAUUUCUAUAAAAGUUUUGUCUCAGCUGAUUUGUACAACAGUUUGUCAAAGCCACAAGAGAGCACUGUUGGGGAAAACCUUUUUGCACCUGAACUCUCCUCGGAGAUCCUCGAUGAGGAUGAUGAAUCACCUAAAGACUCCCCACUACAGGUUGAUUCUCCAGAGCCCGAGAACAAACCAGAGCCAGCAGGCUUUACAGAAACAUGCACCUCGUCACCUCCUCAAGUGGAGCCUCGCUCCUUGCCACCUCAGACGACGCCCCCCUCCCUGCCUGAGGUGGACUUCUUCCAUGCAGACCCUUUUACUGAUCAUGAUCCAUUUAAAGACGAUCCCUUUGGAAAAACCAAUGUUGCAGAUCCUUUUGGAGGAGAUCCGUUCAAAGGCUCAGACCCGUUCGCUGCAGACUCCUUCUUUGCACAGACCUCCAGCUCUGCUUUUUCUUCCGAGGACCCUUUUUCUGCUCCAGCUGACCCAUUUGGUACUACUCCUGGCAUCCCAGAGCCAGACCUGUUUGCAGCCAAGCUAAAUGAUACAGCUUCACCACCAGCAGCAGUCCAGGAUCCAUUUGCUUCCAAAACCACCAAUCCAGCUCCUGCAUCCAAGGAUCCUUUCAGCUCCACAGGACCCAAGAAUGCUGAUUCAGAUCUAUUUGGAGGAAAAUUGAACGUUUCGGGGGAGGUGGAUCCAUUUUGUUCACAGGAUGGAAGGACAGAUCCCUUCAGCUGCUCUCCUCCAAGUUCUGAUUUAACACUGAAGGACGCUGCACCAACCAAUGACCCCUUCGCUCCAGGAGGUACUACAAUGAGCACCACUUCUGAGCCAGGAAAAGAGCCAGAUCCAUUUGCUGCUGUGUUUGGUAGUGAGUCAUUUGGAGGAGGCUUUGCAGAUUUUAGCUCUUUGACAAAGUCAAAUGGUCCUGACCAGUUUGGCAUCAACAACAUGAACCUGUUCCAGGAGGACAACCAGUCUGCCAGCUCUGACGUGCCCCCAGCCCUGCCCCCUAAAACGGGUACGCCAACUAGACCUCCCCCUCCACCUCCAGGUAAGAGAUCAUCGAUCUCCAGAACAGAAUCCUCCGAGUCCUUCCAACGAAGAGGACACUUCCUCCAACAAACUUCAGGAGACUUCUCUUCCUCUUCCUCCUCUUCCUCCCUGCCUGCCAAGGAUCCUUUAGCUGACCCUUUCGCCCCUUCCUCCCCUCCUCGGCACAACCUGCGGGAAGUUGAUCGAUUUGCCAGCUUCGACAAAGUGAGCACCUCCCUCUCACCAUCUCCCUCACCUCCACCUGAAUGUGAAUAGUCACACCCUCUUUUCUUUCCAGCAAUUGAAUCUAAGCUAGUUUUUCAGGAAUGUGACAACCCCCAAGCAAAUCAGGAAAGCCUUUUAAAUCGCUCCAUCCACUGCCAUUAAAAACAACCUGAAGAAGAGGGCUAAACGCAUUAUCUAAAGUUU